AGUUCAACACGCGAGCGGUAGAAAAGACACCGAAUAUGGGGACACCUGGAUAUUUAUACCUGACGGGCAACUCCUUUCACAUCCUUUUGUCUGCUCAAGGAGACGCCCUCCAGGACGGCCCCUUCUGUCUGUUGCAGGUAUUGGUUUCGGAUCGAUACCAAAUUCUGUAGUAUAGCACACCCCGAAAGCGCCACAAUCACCCAUGCGUCACUUGGAAGAGAAGUACGUAGGGAAACAUCUCCAAAUGGCUCCUCAGUACGCACCAAGUUUGCGCUCCAGGCUGGCACCUUUGCUGCUUUUUCUGCAGACUGGGUUCAUUGUCAUAUUUGCAUUGUACAUUGAGAUCGAUAGCCACGUGAAAGUUGAUGGGACUACCUUCAGGAACUUUUAUCCAGAGUUCCAGGAUGUGAAUGUGAUGGUGGUUCUGGGUUUUGGCUUCUUAUGCACUUUUCUAGUGCGGUAUGGUUUCAGUGGCUCAGCAUUCAACCUCCUUGUUUCUGUCGUGGCCACUCAAUGGGCGCUCAUACUCAAUGGAAUUGAGUCCUGGUAUUACAGAGGAAAGAUCAGGAUAAACCUGAGAAGUUUAAUAGUCGCAGAAAUGUGUGCAGCCUCUGCCAUCAUUUCAGUGGGUGCCAUGCUGGGGAAGAUCAACCCUGUCCACCUCAUCCUCAUCACCUUGCUUGAGGUGUCAGGGUUUGUCCUGAAUGACUGGCUUCUCCAAACUCUGCUGAAAACACCGCCUCUGAACAGCAUUAUGCUGCUUCACAUUUUCGGGGCCUUCUUUGGAGUCAUGCUGACUUGGAUCCUGUAUCGAAAAGGAUCCAUGCAGCGAUUUGAAAAAGAGAAGUUUGACAGCAAAACAGGAUUGUUUUCCAUGUUGGGGAUUUUGUUUCUCUGGAUGUUUUGGCCCAGUUUUAAUUCAGUCCUCGUGGACAAUCGUAUUCCUGGGAGGAAGCUGGGGGCCGUGUGCAGCACCUACCUGGCCCUGGCUGUCAGUGCUGUAACAGCAGCUGCUAUGUCUGUGCUCUCGAGUCCCAAAGGAAAACUCAACAUGAUCCACAUGCAGUCAAGCAUCUUUGCCGGCGGUGUUGCUGUCGGGAUUUCCAUUUCAGUGGUUCAUCAGCCGUGGGAAGCCAUGACAAUCGGAUUGGCUGCUGCUGUCGUAUCAACCAUCGGAUUCCGAUAUCUUAAGACCCACAUGCAGUUCGCAUUUUAUUGCCAUGACACCUGUGCGAUCCUGAGCACACAUGGACUCCCUGGUCUCCUGGGAUGGCUAGCACAACUCCUCCUACAGAUUAGAGACUUUGAUGAUCACAUACUGGCAAUCCGGUUUGCUGUAUUUCACAUUUGUGCUAUCAUCAUCACUAUCUCUUUAAGUCUGGUGAUGGGCAUCAUGACAGGGCUCCUUCUCAAGUGGAACUUCUGGAGACCACCACAAGACAAGAAAUGUUUUGAUGAUCAGGCUUUCUGGGAGUUUCCCCAUCUUGCAGUGCGCAAGUAAGCAAGAAAGAAGUAGGACGAGCCCGACCGUCAAAGUACAAACUACUUUUGGUGUUUGUUUAUGUCGAUGCAUAUAAUUUCAUAAAUUUGUUUUUACUUUUGUACGAAGUAGUAGUAUGUGUGACUGGGGUAAAUAAAUAAAAAAUGAGUUGAACUGCAGAAGCAUGAAUGUAAGACUCAUUUACUGCUCGGUAAGUUUCUGUUUAAUGCUGUCACGGUUGUCAGAAACCGAUCUCAUGGUUUGGAUGCUACACAGACAGUAAUGGAUAAGUGUUUGUCGAAUACAAAUCUCCAGUAUACAUACAACACCCUACAGUUGUGAAACUGUUGUUGACUUCAGGUCAGAAGCGUAGGCUCUUCAUGGCUGGAAAGUUUCAGAGCUGACAUUGUUAUUUCAGGAAAAAUACAAACAGCCCCAUAUGGUUACAUUCAACAAAUGUGUACAGUAUUAUGAAAUAUUGCCCUCAAUUAUAAUUUGUACCAUAAUAAUUUAUGUUACUUCCACGUAAGAGACAGUUGAAAUUAAAAA